AAAGGAAUAAAGCCAAAAAAAAAAUGGAAAAUAAAGAAGAGAAAAUAUAUUGACCAACACUGAUAAUUCAGUUGCUCUGAACCAAAUCAAACAGUUACCACUGCAAAAUCCAUAGGAAUUUCUGGUCUUGCUUUCAGUUUAGCACAAAGUUAGAAUAAAGUGACUGCCUUUCUCUGUGGAACGAUGGAAUCAGGGAGAGUGUUUGAUGAGAAAGAUUUCCUGUCAUGCUGUGGAAGCACAAAAUUCGCUCAAGAGAUGGUUUUGGCUGGGCCCUUUUCCGAUUGUCAGCAGGCCAUUGAUGCUGCUAGAGACAUCUGGUUCGAGAAGGUUGAUGUAAAUGGCUGGCUGGAAGCUUUUGCAACUCAUCCUAAGAUUGGUGAAAGCCCUUCUCAGAAAGGCAAAAGCAGUGCAAGUGCUAACUGGAGCAAGGGAGAACAAUCAACAGCUUUAGCAACUGCCACUGAUUCUAGCUUGCAGGAGCUAGUUGAGUGGAAUGCUCGUUACAGACAAAAGUUUGGCUUCAUCUUUCUGAUAUGUGCAGCUGGAAGAAGUACUCCUGAGAUUCUUGGAGAAAUGAAGAGGCGUUACCACAACAGGCCACUGGCUGAGUUUGAGAUUGCUGCCCAGGAGCAAAUGAAAAUAACAGAAUUACGUCUUUCUAAGCUAUUUUCAGUUACAGUAGAUGCAGCUCCAAAAAACAAGGCAGAGCAUGCCACCAACAUUGUGACAAAAGCGGGAGAAGAUCGGAUGAGUGUGAUUGGAGCACAUUUUCCUGCUGCUAGUGAAGUGUCUGUAAAAUUACCUUCUCCAGCUCCCCCAAGAACACGCCCUCCUAUCACAACCCAUGUUCUGGACACUGCACGAGGCUCUCCAGCUAUUGGCAUUGAAGUGCAGUUGGAAUACUGGGUAGGCAACGAACCACCAUCGGUGUUCCAUCAGAACAUUAAAGGUGACUGGAUAGUUAAAGCACGGACAAUGACAGAUAAAGAUGGAAGAAGUGGUCCAAUGUUCACGCAGGAUGAGAUUUUCAACCCAGGGCUUUACAGGAUUAGCUUCAACACUGGUAAAUACAAUCCUGAUGGUUUUUUCCCGUAUGUGUCUAUUGUCUUUGAAGUUAGGGAGUCCCAGAUGUGGCAACACUUCCAUGUCCCUCUGCUUCUGUCUCCUUUCGCUUUCUCCACAUAUCGUGGCAGCUAGUUUCCAUGAUUCCCUCUGCAGUCUGCACAAAAGGUGUAACCCAAUUUGGCUGUAUAUUUACACUGUCAUGCUUUUCUCCCAGUAACAGCAACAAGACAUUCCUGUGUUGAUUUGGCCGGUUAACUGAAAGAGAUUUAUGUGCAGUUUUAUACUAUAUCUGAUUGGAAUAAGAAACUAAAUAAUGGAAUUUCUCCACUAUGAGGAGGUAGAGUCAAUACUUAGAUUACAAGGAGGCUAAUAAUUAUCAGGUACCUAAUUUAUUUAAACC